AUGAAAGAAAGGACUUACAGUAAAUCACACUUCCUUAUUAUUACUCUUACCCUUACCCUUUUCAUAUCGACCUCGAAGCACAUAUAUGAUUCACUCGUAACUGCUAAUACAUGGGACAAAAGAACGCACCCUCAAAAUAGCACGUUACACACAGCACAUGGUAGAAUAUUAAAGGGUGAUAUAGAACCAGAAACACAGCAACGAUAUAAGGCUCUAAAGGAAAGAAUUAUAGAUCUGCUUGAUGAAGAUGAUGAGUCAUUCAGAGAUAGACUAAAUGCAUUAACACACGAUGGAAUUUUCAGAGAAGAAUACGAUGAGCUGAUGAGUGAGUACACUCUUGAAAAACUGUCGAAUGCACUAAAAAGGUAUGAUGACUUCGAAAAAAGAGUAAAUCCCUUUAAAAAUAAUAAGCGGAAAAAAACGCCUAGAAGUGUAAGCAACAAUAAUGAGUUGGACAAUCAAUAUGACGAAUUCAAAUAUUACUAUGACGGUUAUGAAGGAACAGAUCGUGCAUUCUAUUAUGUAAAUGAUUUCCGCAGAAGGCAGAGAGCAAAAAGGCACAAUUAUCGCCAAGCGUUUAGAAGAAAAUCUAAAGUGAAAAAGGAUAAAAGGCCAAGAAUAUUUAAAUAUUUAAACACAGCUAUUUCAAAGAUAAAGGCAAAAAGGCCAAUUUCUCAUGUAGCUUCUUAUGACGAUAAUGAAUAUGCGCUUAAACCUAAUAUCAAAAAUAGAAGAACAAGGUAUCACUUGGAAAAUUUAAAAUUCCAGCUUUCACUAUUUUCUGUAAAAUUGUUAAAAGCAAUUUUAAUUGUACUGUAUUACACAACUAACGAAGUUAUUGGUUUACUUUUUCCAUAG